AAGAAAACAUUUUAAAAAGCCGUUCAAAAACAAGCGGCAUUUCGAAGGUUCGAUCAUCAUGGAUGCAGACGUCUAUUGUGUGUUAGAAGUCAAAGGAAAGCAAGACAUAGACCUAAUUUUACAACGUAUAAAUGAAAGCAGUGACAAUGAAAAUGAUUCGAAUCGAAAGGUUCUAGCUAUGGGCGACGUACUAAACUCAACCAGGUCUACAUAUGGCAAUCCAAAUGAGUUCCUAGGGCAGUGUGAAGAGCAUUCCUUGCUACAUCCAUUGGAAUUGUGUGUAGAGAUCUACAGAAAACAUUGCAGCAAAAGUCCUCCAUUUUGUAAUUCGAUUUACGGGCUGACGGACCAAUUGAUAUCUCUACAGAUUGUCAUGGCCCAAAAGAACAAAGAGAAAUCAGGAGAAUUUGAAGCUGAUACUCUGGAUGUGAUCUCAACCCAUCAACAAUUGAUCGAAAGCAAGCUUUAUGGUCUGUCAUCAGUCAAGGAUCCUGAGAUUUUACAGAUCAUAGAAGAUUAUGGUAAAUUUUUGGCAGACUGUAAUGCGAUGGAUUAUGCCGACAUUAUCAACUGUGUCAGUCAAUGCUUCCAGGCAUCAGAUAACAAUACUAAAGAACUAUAUCAAAACCAGCAGUACAUCAUUCUUGGCAUUCCAACAACAGUAUUUGAAAUGGAAAUACUCCAGCUGUUAAUUGGAGCUAGGAAUAUUGUACUUUUAUCUCCUAAUCAAGGAAAAUCCACAAUAACAAGUGACAAGUUCAAUGAAAUCAUCAAGGACAGAUUUGAUGCAAAUAAACACAUGGAAGAGGUAGUUCCUAGAACACAAGAAUCAGUUAUGCCAUCAACCCCUGUGCAUGUUACAAAAAAACAAACUUGUCAAGUGACUCCACAGCAUCAGACUGGAACAAAUGAUAGACAAGGGUCUGUGUGUCUAUCAGGAGGACAGUCACCUAUUCUAAGCCAAUCUCCCUUUUCACAAGGUCGUAGGACAAUGGGACAAGAGCUGUCCGUUGUGAUGUCUUAUCUACAGCUUUUACUAAAUUCCAGAGAUGAGCUUGCUUUAGCUAGGGUGAUUAACACACCAGAUAGGGAACUGGGAGUUCGAAAGUUUACAAAAAUAAAGAGACUAGCAAGAGAAAAAAACAUGUCAAUGUAUCAGAUGGUAACAUCAUUUAUCUUGCAAAUUCGCCUUGGUGGCAAAAGUUAUGCCCCUUCAACUGAAAACCCACUUUGGUUAAUGACAAAGGGAUUGGGUGAUUUUGUGUCAUUUUUCCAAAAACUGCAAAAUAUCUUGGAAGAAGAACCAGAUGCAAAAUCUGCUGUAACAAAAAUCCUUUGGAAUCUCCAAUCCACCUUCAUCAGGGGCACGGAUGGAACAAUCUCUAAAGAGGAUGUGAAAAAAGCCAUUUCAUAUCUCAAGACUCAGAUAGAUGGUGUCCUCAAUAGCAGUGCUAAAAAGCACACUGAUGAGCUAAAACCUGAGCCAGAUAAAAACAUGAUAGGAUCAGAGUCUUAUCUUUUGUUAUGCACAUUAUUGGAUAAGAAUGUGUUGUAUGAUUAUCAAGAGAAGGAAUUAUCCAUAGCAUUAAAAACACCUUCCAGAAAACAGGGAACGACAUGCUCUCUACUCACCAAAUUCAGAUCACCAGAUGCUCCCACCCCAGAGAAAGUGGAAAGUCCAGGAGCUAACCAAAAUAGAACAACAGAAAACCCAGAGCACCGAAAAAGGCAAGGCAGAAGUGUAUAUGGUGAUAUCUCAUGGGCCAAUCCAGCUGUUACCAUAGAGACAAGGAAAUCAAUAUGGCAGAAUAAUGACGAUAAUAACAUCAAUCAGGAACAACAGACUAGGAAACCAUGUGGGAUGCUAACCACUGGCGAGACACCAAAGUCAUCCUCAAGAAAAAGGACUUUUGAUGACACUUGUGAUACACUCAAGGAUAAAAGCAGUUCACCUCUGAGAAAAAGACCAUUUGAAUCUAAAGAUGAUCAAGAAAAUAUCAUCAAUAAACAGACUAAACCUACUGCUAAAAGAGGCCUUCUUCGCAUGCAUCAAAUGACUGAACCUGGGAAAAAGAAACCACAAAGGACUAAUACUGUUCCUAAGAAAAAACAGAAGUCAGUCAAGCUGACACAAGGACAAAAGCAAAUGACUCAUUUCUUCAGAUAAUUCUAAGGCAAGGAUAUUUAUAUAUAUUAAUGAAUAUUAAUGAAGUGUCUUUCCAGUUCAGACCACACAUCAUUCCUCAAGUAUUAUAUUGAAAGAAACCAUAAUAUAGAUAAAACCCAACAAGGAAUGGAUAUUAUUCUUAAGUGAAUGAAAUGAGAAAACGUUGCACCAAAAGUUAUUACAUAAUUUUUUCAUUAUUUAUUUAUCUAUACUACUUUUAUCCAUUUUCCUUAUUUUUAUCAAUCGUUGAGAUUAGGUUU